AUGGCAGCGGCUGACCGGGGGCUCCAAGUCCUUGCAGAGGGCGGCUUCUACCGCGAUCCCAACCGCCACUCCGACCACUUGGCGCGCCUUUCCGAGCGUGGCCGCUCCGCGCCGUGGGCCCGGUUCCUGAUGCGCACCCCAACCAUGCACAAGCGAGACGCGCAGGUGGCUGCCCAGGUGAACUUUGGAAAGCGGAUGCAGAGCGCAGCAUUCGCUUUGGCCAAGACCGCCCUGGACACGCGCAGCAUCGAGACCUUGCUGGACACGGCAGGCGACGUCAGGCUCAGCACCACCACCAGCUCCACCACCACGGCUUCGGAGGUGGUCUCCUUGAAGCGUCAGCAGGUGCGCCAGCGAAAGCAGCAGGAGCUGAGCGUUUUUUUGCGAGAACACCGGUGCGAGCACGUGAAUGAGCCGCAGAGCCUAAGGGGCUGCUUCGGCCUGCACCUGGGCUUCAAGGAAGUGGUUUACCCCAUCCAUUUGGCGGCCCGGCGCGGAGACGCUCGGAUCACCCGCCUGCUGCUCGCAGAAGGAGCAGACCCAUCGCAGAAAACCUCGAAAGGACGGACGGCGCUGGACAUUGCCAUCCGGCAUGCCAACAAGAAAGUGCAGGAAGUCUUGGAAAAUCCGGUGCAAGCAAUACCUGUGCGAGAUAUCUGGCAGCUGGCGCCGAGUGAGCUGGACAAGCCUGUGUCACCUGUCCGUGUGCGACGGCCCAAGCCGAUGUUGUACUUUGAGGGUUAUUCCUUUAGCGUUUGA